AUGAAGCAAGUGUCUCAUGCCGAGGCACUCGUGGCGGCAUUGGUAGAGAGAGAAAAGGAGGAUGACAAGGAAUUGGAACAAUUACUGAUUUCCCAAUUGUCGCAUUCCGAUGGUAUUCGAGGUUUUUUUGUCACGUACUUGACGGGCGAAACGUCUCCUGCCGAUAACCCCACAGUCCCAAUUCCGCUCCAAAAGGCCAUGUCACAAGUCAGUCCGGAAGAAUUGGUCCCUCUGGCCUGCAUGAACGUAGUCAUGCCAACGGGAACGAUGAGCAUGCAUCAAGAUCCGACUCUGUCAGAGCAAUCCAAAAAGACAUCCGUACGAGGGUCACGGAUUCUAGCGUCGCUACUGAAUGGGGGUAGUCCAAGAGUGAAGGACAACUGCCAAGCUAUACUGGCAGUAGCCACUGACAAGGAUGAAUCAGAGGCGGACCCAGAGUUGAUCAAGUACUGGACAGCUUUCUUCGAGAAAUGGGGCUACAAGGAACCUCAGAGGAAAGACAUUGCACUGGCCAUCACCGAAAUCUUGGAGGAGUGA